CUUGGUGACAUCGCUGAGAAGGAUGCACAAAUAAAAGACCUGAGUGAACGGUUAGCGUCGCAUGAAAAGACCAAAAAUCAAGCCUUGGAAAAGGCCUUACGAGAUGUUGAGACUCUGAAGAAACGCCUGGCUGACGAGCGCAAAUUAAAGAAAAUUGCAAUUCAUAAAGUGGAUGAUCUCCUUUCGCAGGUACCUUUUUUAUCUUACUUUCUUCGGGUCUACGAAUACGAAACCGAUCAAGCUUUCAAACAAGCACCUUCUAAUCAAGCAAGUGGUGAAGUUUCACCAAAUGCAAAUGAACUAAUGAGUUCCAAAAAGGGUAGUUCUAUUCGAAUGGCCUGCCGGAAGUAUCAGUUUGGACCCAAAGGGUAUGAAGAGCUAUUGAGGCGUAUCGACGUACCGUAUACCCCUCAACACUACUUAGAACACCGAAGAAAAUUGGCAUUGGUACCACAACUACAUCGACAGUUGGCUCACGAAAUACUCGAGGAACACCCGCCUAUAACAUAUAAACAAGUAGAAGAAAUCUACAAUCUGGAGAAAAAGCAAGAGAAAUGCAGCAGCUUCAAAUUAACGUCUACUUAA